AUGGAAAGUUUAGAAGAUGCUGUAGAUGCAGGAAUCCCUUCAACAGAUGAAGCUGUUGUUUUAAAAGAAAAAAAGAAGAAGAAGAAAAACAGACAGAUGUUAGAAAUUCAGGACAGGGUGGACAAAGAUCAGGAGCAGGAGUUUGGAGAACCAAUCACAACCUGUCUGAGUGUUUCACAUGAAAGAUCUGAUCCAGAGCUGAAGAAGAUAAGAAAGCGUUCAAGAAGUGAUACUAAGUCACUGAGGGCAAUGGAAAGUUUAGAAAGUGCUGCAAAUGCAGGACUUUCUUCAACAGAUGAAGCUGUGGUGUUAAAAAAGAAGAAGAAAAAGAAAAAGAGGGAGAUGUUAGAAAUUCAGCACAGGGUUGACAAAGAUCUGGAGCAGGAGUUUGCAGAACCAAACACAACCUGUCUGAGUGUUUCACAUGAAAGAUCUGAGCCAGAGGUGAAGAGAAAAAGAAAGCGUUUAGGAAGUGAUACAGAGUUGCUGAAGGCAGUGGAAAGUAUAGAAAGUGCUGUAGAUGCAGGACUUCCUUCAACAGAUGAAGCUGCUGUUUUAAAAAAGAAGAAGAAGAAGAAAAAGAGUAAAGAUUAG